AUGGUCCAAUUAUCUCGUCGCGAACGAAAGGAACUGUACUUUAAGAGAUUUGCGAAGGUCCUAAAUAAUUAUGACCGGUGCUUUGUUGUAUGCGCAGACAAUGUCCGGUCCCGACAAAUGCAGCAGAUUCGUGGGGCGCUUCGUGGGUCUGCAGAAAUUGUUUUUGGCAAGAAUACCCAAAUGAAAAAGGUAAUCACAAGCCAACUUGUCAGGGACGCUCGCUUGGAAAAGCUGCUUCCUUUGCUAAAGGAUAAUGUUGGACUCGUUUUUACUAUCCGUGAUCUAUGCGAGGUCCGCAAGGCUCUCGAAAGCAAUCGCCUUGAGGCUCCCGCCAAGGCUGGGACCAUUGCACCAUGUGAUGUUACGGUUCCAGCUGCCAACACCGGUCUUCCGCCUGAAAAGACAAGUUUCUUCCAGGCGCUUAACAUUCAAACGAAAAUUACCCGUGGCACAAUCGAGAUUCUCAACGAUGUACCUCUAAUCAAAAAGGGCCAGAGAGUCGGACAGAGUGAGGCCGUUCUUCUUAAAAUGUUAAAAAUCAAUCCCUUUGAUUACGGACUUCAAAUAAGACAGGUCUUCGACCAAGGUUCCAUCUACGGACCUGAGGUUUUGGAUAUUACUCCUGAACAAAUCAUCGAAAAGUUUAUUCGAGCUUCCACGAACACGACUGCUCUUAGCUUGGGUCUUGGCUAUCCGACAUUUUCCAGCAUUGGUCAUAUGAUCGCUGAUGGUUUUAAAAAUUUACUUGCCAUAUCGCUCGUGACUGAUUACACAUUCAAAGAAUCGGAACAGAUGAAGGAGUACUUGGCAGACCCUAGCAAGUUUGCUAGCUCACCCUCCACUGUCGCCGCUGCUGAGACUGUCAAGCCCGAAGCUGUCAAAGAAGCACCUGCCAAAGCCCCUGAAUCAGAAAAAGAAUCUGAGUCGGAUGAUGAUAUGGGUCUUAAUCUGUUUGAUUAA